AACUGUGUGAGUCUGCAGACUGAGCAAGAAGCUGCACAGCGGAGCGACAUGUCAGACUGAGAACACGCAGACAGAUGAUCGUUUGUCAUCAUGAAUCUGACGUUAGACUCCGACUCCGUCCUCACAGGAGCUUCUCAUCCAGGUGUGUCCUAUCGGGGGAUGUCCAUGUUAUUAGACAGUGAUGGAGGCUGGAUGCUUCAUAAUGUGAGCGACGUCUCUCUGCAAACAGGAAACGUUUCUGCAGCUAACAGCACGCUAACGACGCCAGAGGUUGAGUUCGACCCAUUAGGAGGACACACUGUGUUGCAGGUGAUCAUCAUCGUCUUCCUCACUGGAUCUCUCUCUCUGAUGACUGUGGUUGGAAACAUCUUGGUGUUGGUGUCCUUUAAGAUCAAUAAAGCCCUGAAGACUGUGAACAAUUACUACCUGCUCAGCCUGGCAUUCGCAGACCUGACCAUAGGGACUCUAUCCAUGAACCUGUACACAACCUACAUCAUAAUGGACCAGUGGGCUCUGGGCCCCGUGGUCUGUGACCUCUGGCUUGCCAUCGACUACGUGGCCAGCAAUGCCUCAGUCAUGAACCUGCUUGUUAUCAGCUUUGAUAGGUACUUCUCUGUGACCCGACCAUUGACCUACCGAGCCAAACGUACCACAAAGCGGGCCAUGACGAUGAUCUGCUUGGCCUGGUCCACCUCCUUCAUCCUCUGGGCUCCGGCCAUUUUGUUCUGGCAGUACAUCGUAGGAGAGCGGACUGUCCAACCCAACGAGUGCUACAUCCAAUUCCUGUCCGAGCCCGCCAUUACCUUCUGCACUGCCAUCGCUGCCUUCUACCUGCCUGUCACCAUCAUGGCCACCCUGUUCUGGAAGAUCUUUCAGGAGACAGAGAAACGGGCCAAAGAAUUCCAAGGACUAAAGGGAUCCGGGGCAGGAAACAAAUCUGGCCAGGCUCAGAAUCAGGGGGGCGGGAGUGGACGAGGAGGAGGAGAAGCAGCGACCAACAGUCAGAAGGAUUCUUCAGCCAUGCAGCGACAGAUGAGCUCUCAGAGCAGCAGCAGCUAUGACCUGAACCAGACCACCUCCGAAAAGAACAACAGCAUCCCUGGAGGAGGAGCAGGAGGAGGGGGAAGGUGCGCAGCCUUCUGCUUUAAGUGUUCAUCACUGCUGCCAGGUCGACACACCUCAAGGAGGUCCAUCAACACGACCACAGCGGGCGAGGCGGAGCACAACAGCUGUGACAGCCUGAACAACAAUGAAGAGGAAGAGGAGGAGGAAGAGGGCGAUGGGGAGGACCCAACAAGAGCACCAUCAGAUUCAAAAUCGAAGAAGAAAAAAAACAAGGAUAAACAAUCCAUCAAAGAAGGAAAAUCUAACUCUUUGACAUCAUCACCAGCAGACCAAUCGGCUGCCAAACGUUUUGCCUCCAAGGCAAAGACAGAGAUCAACAAGCGAAAGACUGACAAGAAGGCUAAUGAGAAGAAGGCGAAUGAUAAGAAGGCAGCGCGGACGCUGAGUGCAAUCCUGUUCGCCUUCAUCACUACGUGGUUACCCUACAACAUCAUGGUGCUCGUCAACACCUUCUGUCAGGACUGCAUCCCAACCACGCUCUGGGCACUGGGAUACUGGCUGUGCUACGUGAACAGCACAGUGAACCCCAUGUGCUACGCUCUGUGCAACAAGACAUUCAGGACGACCUUCAGAGACAUCCUGAUGUGUCAGUGGAACCAGAAGAAGAACCAGCCUCAGUUCCAGCAGAGGAAGGCAGUCGCUUUUAAGAAAUAACAUCACAUGAGAACAGAGUGUAAAUUCUCUGACUGACUCUGAAGAAACAAUCCUGAUCAACAAUCAGAAAGUGAAUGCACCAUGAAAAGUUUAAUGUCAGGAAACAUCCUGAAGCUUUAAACUAAAUCUGAUUGUAGCCAAACAGGACUUUCCUCAAAUCUAUCAGAGGAGCCUGAUGCUGUUCAUAAAAACACUGUUCAUGGUCCCAUAGGAUUCAUCCUCUUAAUGAGCCAUUAUGCUCAAGGACCCUACAACUGUGGAACUACUUUCUGUGCAUGUUCAUGGUACCCAGAGUAUGAUAUUAAUAAACACAACUAGGGAUGUUUC